AUGAUAAAAUUGACGGCACUGCUGGCAGUAGUAGCGACCCUUCUAGCCUCCGUUGGGGCCCAGAACUAUUGUGAUCCAGAGCUAUGUCCAGGUGGUCUUCGUCAUGUUGCCUGUGGUAGUAGUGGCCGCUUUGUCAGUGGUUGCAGUGGUGAAUUUGUGGCCAUCAAUUCGUAUAUUCCGUUAAUACUACAACUUCACAAUGAGAGACGCAAUCAAAUUGCCAGCGGCGGUUUAAGUGGUUUUCAAUCAGCCGUGCAUAUGGGAACCAUGUCAUGGGAUCCGACUUUGGCCCAGUUGGCCGCCUACAAUACCCUGCAAUGUCGAAUGGCCCAUGAUGAGUGCCGGAAUACGAACACCUAUCGCUAUGCUGGACAGAAUCUUAGUGUUCUCUUUACACGGAGUGGAGAUAUUAAUGAUUUUCUGCGUCAACGGAUUGCGGCCUGGUUCGAUGAAAAUCGUUAUGCCACCAGUGCCGAUAUAGAGAACUAUCAACAGCGUGGCGGACCCGCCAUCGGUCACUUUACCACGAUGGUUAAUGAGCGGAACAAUCGUGUGGGAUGUGCCAUUGUCCGUUACACUGAUGCCAAUAAUGGGCAGGGCACUCUCCUUGCCUGCAAUUAUGCGGUCACGAAUGUCAUCAAUAAUCCAGUCUAUCGGGCAGGUUCACCGCCAGCCUCGGAGUGUUCAACAGGCAGAAAUCCAACAUAUCCCAAUCUCUGUUCGGAGAACGAGAGUUACAACUAUAAUCAAUGGUCGGGCUAA